AUGAAGGCGAACUACGAGUUCAGUAACCUGUGUGGGACUGUAUAUCGCCAGGGGAACAUCUUGUUUACCCCGGACGGGAACUCCAUCCUCAGCCCUGUCGGAAAUCGAGUGUCUGUGUUCGACCUCGUCAAAAACACCUCUCGGACAUUCUCCUUCGAGAACCGGAAAAACAUUUCCGUCCUUGCCCUAAGUCCGAACUCAAGAUUACUCCUCUCGAUCGACUCCGAUGGUCGUGCUCUCCUAGUCAACUACCGACGCGGCACCGUCCUCCACCACUUCAACUUCCGUGUCCCUGUAGUAGACGCUCAGUUCUCCCCUGACGGAGCUUACAUUUCCGUCACGCACGGCUCUCAUGUCCAGCUCUGGCGCACCCCGAACCAUCUCCUGCGCGAGUUUGCCCCUUUCGAACUGCACCGCGAGUAUACUGGACACCAUGAUGCCGUUCUGAGCAUCACGUGGAGCGCGGACUCGAAGUACUUCUUGACUACGGGGAGGGAUAUGACCGCGAGACUGUAUACGGUCGAUCCUGUGGAGGGGUUCAGACCGAGGACGUUCGCGGGGCAUAGGGAUCCAGUUAUCCAGGCGUUCUUCUCGGCGGAUAAUAAGACGAUAUACACCGUCAGCGACCAUGGAGCCAUCUUCACCUGGAGAGCAAAGGCUGAUGAGAACGGGAAGGAUGACGAUGCCAUGUCCGAGGACGGUACCUCUCUCACUCUCGCCGAACCUAUCCUAGCCCAUGUCCGAUGGGGCAUCGCCGAAAAGCACUUUCACAACAUGGACCACCACACGCUUAUCGUCUCAGCCGCGUUCCACUCCCCGUCAGAUCUGCUCGUUCUGGGUCUAUCGAGUGGCGUCUUCGGCCUAUGGGAAAUGCCUUCCUUCACCCCCCUGCAUAUGUUGAAUGUCUCCCAAGAACGGAUCUCCAGUCUGGCUAUCAAUGCAUCGGGAGAAUGGCUUGCCUUUGGGGCUGCUAAGCUUGGGCAGCUGUUGGUCUGGGAAUGGCAGAGCGAGAGCUAUGUACUCAAGCAACAGGGUCACUAUUUCAACAUGAACACGCUCUCCUACUCUCAUGACGGGCAACACGUCGCCACAGGUGGUGAAGACGGCAAAGUCAAAGUAUGGAACGCAUCCUCCGGAUUCUGCUUCGUCACUUUCUCCGAACACACCUCCUCUGUCUCCUCUGUCGAGUUCGCCCGACAGGGGCAAGUCUUAUUCUCCGCCUCCCUAGACGGAACAGUACGCGCCUUCGACCUGGUACGAUAUCGAAACUUCCGUGUGUUCACCUCACCCACCCCGGUCCAAUUCUCUUCUCUUGCUGUGGACCCCAGCGGAGAGGUUGUCGCCGCUGGGUCACAGGACAACUUCGAGAUCUACAUGUGGAGCGUGCAAACUGGAAAACUAUUGGAUGUCUUCACCGGCCACGAAGGACCAGUAGCGACACUAGCGUUCUCCCCUACAGGGAAUCAGUUAGCGAGUGGAUCAUGGGACGGGAGUGUGAGGCUUUGGGACUUGUACGGGCGGAGCAGGGCAGUGGAGCCACUACAGAUGGGUGCCAACGUGCUCGCCGUUGCUUACCGACCAGACGGGAAGGAGCUCGCAGUGGCGACGUUAGAUGGACAGCUCACGUUCUUCCACGUGGAGGACGGGAAGCAGGUCGGUCUCAUCGAGGGACGAAAAGACAUCUCCGGUGGCCGAAAAACAGACGACCGCACGACCGCAGCAAACAAUUCGGGAAGCAAGCAUUUUAACAGUCUUGCCUAUACUGCUGAUGGGCAGAACGUGCUUGCCGGCGGGAACAGCAAGUAUGUUUGCUUGUAUGAUGUCAGGGAACGGGUUCUGCUCGCCAAGUUCCAGAUAUCGCAGAAUCUGUCGCUAGAUGGGACGGAAGAGUUUUUGGACAGCAGGAAGGUGACGGAGGCAGGUAACAUCGACGGGAUCGAUAGACAGGGAGAAGCGAGUGACCUUGAGGACAGGCUGAACCCCCGUUUGCCUGGAGCACAGAGAGGGGACAUGGGCAAGAGAAGAUAUCGUCAGGAAGCAAGGACGAUGUGCAUUCGGUUCUCCCCGACCGGCAGGAGUUGGGCGGCUGCCUCAACCGAGGGAUUGCUCAUUUACUCCACGGACGAGAGCAUCGCAUUCGACCCCUUCGACCUGGACAUCGACCUGACGCCGCAAUCUCUGUUAGAGGUUCUAGCGCAACACGAGUACCUCAAAGCCCUGGUGAUGGCAUUCCGAUUGAACGAAAAGCCAUUGAUUCAGCGUGUUUACGAGUCGAUACCGCCAUCGGACGUCCGCCUCCUUGCGCGUCAGCUUCCGAUGGUUUACGUUCCUGCUAUGCUACGGUUUGUGGCCGAUCACAUCGAGCGCAGUCCACAUAUGGAGUUUGACCUCGUAUGGGUGAACGCUCUACUUGCGGCGCAUGGCAGGGAGCUGAGGGACCACUCGAAUGAAUAUGCCAGCGUAUUCAGGGCCAUGCAUAAGGGGAUUAGCGACUUCGAGCGGAUGAUUGGCAAGCUGUGUGAUGACAAUAUGUUCUCGCUCCAAUAUAUCAUCGACCAGUCGCACGCCAAAAAUACAGGACACCCGAACGGCAAGGUUCCAUCGCUUGAUAUGGAGAUAGAGGUUGCAAGCGAGGUCUCAGCGAGUGCAUGAUACCCAGCAUAUCAUCUUUGGCAUAUUGUACACCAUUUGCAUUAAUGACUUGUAAUUCGCGGUCAACCCUUCGAGGGAGUAUUCAUGAUUUUGGUGUUGGCUUUGGAGUGUGCGGUAUGGGGAUUGACAUUGGGGCUGAUCUGACGCCAGGAGUAGAUGUAUCAGGAUGUGGGGGAACGUUUUCCCCAUCCAUUUUCUCGGACACUAGUUGGUUCUUCUCUGUUGGCCACUUGCUCCUUUCCGCUAUAGCCCUAGAUCUUCGCCGCGAAUCUAUCUCCGUUUUGGCGAAGUAGAACGAAACGCCGCCUCCAACAAGCAGGGCAGC